AUGACCAACAGCAUUGCUGAAAAGAGAAGACAACAAGAAGACGAAGACGAUGAAGAAGACGGUGAUCUUGAGGGUUGGGGAGAGAGAAAUUACACUGAUGAGAGAUCUUGGGAAGCUUUACAAGAGGAUGAGUCUGGACUCCUUCGUCCUAUAGACAACAAAGCGAUGUACCAUGCUCAGUAUCGCCGUCGCCUUCGUUCUCUUUCUGCUGCUUCUAAUUCUCAUCGCAUUCAGAAAGGCCUCAUUCGCUUUCUCUACAUUGUCCUCGAUCUCUCCAGGGCAGCAUCCGUGAUGGACUUUCGACCAAGCAGAAUGGCUGUGGUUGCGAAAAAUGCUGAGGCUUUUAUAAGGGAGUUUUUUGACCAGAAUCCACUUAGUCAGAUUGCUUUGGUUACUAUUAAAGAUGGGGUUGCUCAUUCUUUAACAGAGCUUGGUGGGAGUCCUGAGUCUCAUAUCAAGGCUUUGAUGGCUAAGUUGGAAUGUUCAGGUGAUUCGUCACUACAGAAUGCACUGGAUCAUGUUCAUGAGUAUCUUGAUCAAAUUCCAUCAUAUGGUCAUCGCGAAGUUCUCAUCUUAUACUCUGCGCUCACUUCCUGUGAUCCGGGAGAUAUAAUGGAGACAAUCCAGAAAUGCAAGAAGUCGAAAAUUAGAUGCUCAGUUAUUGGCCUCUCUGCAGAAAUGUUCAUAUGCAAACAUCUUUGCCAAGAGACUGGUGGAUUGUACUCUGUUGCUUUGGAUGAGAGCCACUUUAAGGAUUUAAUAUUGGAGCAUGCACCCCCUCCACCGGCAAUAGCAGAAUUUGCAAUCGCUAACUUGAUCAAGAUGGGUUUCCCACAAAGAGCAGCAGAGGGUUCCAUCUCAAUAUGUUCUUGUCAUAAAGAAUCUAAAGUUGGGGAGGGAUAUAUUUGUCCAAGAUGUAAAGCACGUGUAUGUGAGCUUCCUACUGAGUGCUGUAUUUGUGGGUUGACACUCGUUUCUUCACCCCAUUUAGCAAGGUCGUAUCAUCAUCUCUUUCCAAUAGCACCAUUUGAUGAGGUGAAGCCAUCAUGUCACAACGAACCACAUCUCAAAUCACAGAAAACUUGUUUUGGUUGCCAACAAAGCCUUGUCAAUCCUGGCAAUAAACCCAGCCUUCAUGUUGCUUGCCCAAACUGCAAACAGUACUUCUGCCUUGACUGUGACAUUUACAUUCAUGAGAGCUUGCACAAUUGCCCUGGUUCGCAGAUACUUGGUUCUACAGAUAAGGCUGUUGAGCAGAGCUUGGAUCACACUAAUCGUGCGAAUCUUCAUGCCUUGAAGAAAGAUGUACAGAAAGAGUUCAAGGACCACAUGCAUCACAUGGAUUGCAAUUUCUGUAAUGACAUGUAUUUCCAUUAUGGUUGUACCCCUAAUUUGUGA